GAGAAGACUUAAACGAGAGUACUUGUAAUUGUGAGACUAAAGGCUCAGUCCAUUGAGUUAUGUUUACCAAAAUCGACCUCGGGUUAGAGCGUCAUAAUUGGACUGAAUGGGUACUCGCGAACUCAAGUGAGGUAUGCAAAAAGGUUGAAAACCCCCGAGGAAGGAUCAUCCAAACCCCUUUGUUAUAGUGAAAAAAAGCAUACAAACGAGUCGCCGAUUCGAAAGUAAGCAAAACGGAGAUCGGGUCACCCAAAUUGUAGGAUCCAUUUCCAUGGCUUCUCGUGCUCUCUUCCUCGCCUUCAGCCGAAAAUUCAGGAACAGAGGCUUCUUAAAUCAGAGUUUCAAAUCGACCCCAGUCUUCAAUGAAGCCAAUGUUUCGAACUAUUGCUCUCAUGGAGCUCUGAGGAGUGAAUCUUUUGAUGAAUCGGUGAAUUAUGAAGAAUUCAAUGACUUGAAAAGCAGGAUAUUUCAGCUCAGAUUGCCCAAGCGAAGUGCUAUACGUGUUCUUGAGAGAUGGACGAGUGAGGGCAACCAAGUUACGAUCGCUGAGCUUCGGAACAUCUCCAAAGAGCUCAGAAAGAUUCAGCGGUAUAAGCACGCUCUUGAGAUUUUAGAAUGGAUGGUAAGUCAUAAUCAGUCCGAGUUAUCUGAUUCCGACUUUGCAAUCCGCAUUGACUUAAUGACCAAAGUAUUUGGCGUAGAUGCUGCUGAACGAUACUUUGAAGGUCUGCCUAUUGAUGCCAAAACUUGUGAGACUUAUACUGCUCUCCUUCACUCUUUUGCUGGGUCCAAAUUGACUGACAAGGCUGAAACUCUCUAUGAAAAGAUGAAGGAGUCAGAUAUACCUCUAACAGCCCUUCCAUUCAACGAGAUGAUGACUUUGUACACGUCGAUCGGGCAAGUAGAAAAGGUAUCCUCAAUCGUCGAUGACCUAAAACAAAGGAUGGUUCAUCCUGACAUUUUCACUUAUAAUCUCUGGAUCAGUUCUCUAGCUGCAGCUUUGAACAUCGAUGGUGUUAAACAGAUUCUCAACGAGAUGAAUCAUAACCCCAACUCCAACGAAAAUUGGGUGCGAUAUAUUGAACUCGUCAACAUAUAUGUUAAGUCAGCUAAUCUAUUGCAUUCAGAGUCGAACUCUGUAGUCGAGUCUGUGAGUGGCAUUUCUCAGCGAGAAUGGAUUACAUAUGACCUCCUCAUUAUCUUGUAUGCUGGUCUGGGAAACAAAGACAAAAUUGAUCAAAUUUGGAGAUCAUUAAGGAUGACAAAGCAGAAAAUGACGAGCAGAAAUUACAUUUGCAUUGUAUCUUGUUACCUGAUGCUUGAUGAUUUGAAGGAAAUUGGUGAAGUUAUUGAUCAAUGGAAACAAUCAACCACAACAGAUUUUGAUAUUUCUUCUUGUAACAGGCUUGUAAAUGCAUUUAUUGAAGCUGGGUUGCAUGAGAAAGCCAACAGUUUUGUAAAUGUUUUGAUUCAGAAGAACUGUGAACCUACAGAAGCUUAGUGGUGGAAAGUAGAGGUUUAAAUCAUAAUCUAGUUCAUCUUAUUUUGAUUAAAUCUAAGUUUCAAAUAUUUCGUUUUUAAUUUUUCAAA